AUGACCGACGACCAGCGGCUGCUGGCCCUCUCCUCCCGAGUUCGCCAGGAAGCGGGCGAGGCGGGCGACCUCGACCGCGAAGCGGCUCUUCGGGACCGCAACGCUCGGCUCGAUGCAGAGUUCAACAAAGCGACUGCGGAACGCCAGGCCGAAAUCGCGGUGUACCGUGCGCGCCGCGCCACCAACACCGACACUAUCCUGACCUACGCCCAGCGAAAACAAGCCCAGGAACGGGAAGAGGCCCUGCUGGCCGCCCAGCUCGCCGACGACCGCCGACAAGAGGACGCGUCGGUCGCCGAGCAGGCCCGCGCUGAUCAACAGCGCGAACACGACCUUCGGGUUCGGGCGGGGCGCUCCGUGCUGGGACCGGCCCCUGCUGCCGCUCCUGCUCCGUCGGCAUCGGUGACUCGGACGUACGCCGCUGCCGCCUCCAGCCCUGUGAUUCGGUCUUCAUCACGGUCGCGUUCUGUCACCUUCGAGGCCGGGGACGCCAGGUUCACCCAGGCUAGGUUGCCCGACGUCGCAAAAUAUGCCCAGGCCAACUACCAGGUAGAGGAACGCAAGGCCGUCAUAGAUCUAGCGGCUGGCGUGUCCACCGGCCUGCCGUCGACUUCCUCCAUCCAGGAUACCGCCGACGUGGCAAACGGGUCUCGGCCCGACCUCCAAGACGUGGUGGGCUGCCUCCUCGUGGCGAUGCGGGCGGCCACCAUGAAGGCAACGUCUCCGGUGGUGUGGCCCGGCUGCACCGUGGCGGCUCCGGCACCUUCGGCGUUCCAGCACCCCAAGGCCGGCCGCGUCAAGGCCAAGCCGGCCCAGCGCACCGUGCGAGAGAGUAGCUCGGGCGAGGACUCGGGCUGGAGUAACGCGGGAGCGUCUCGCCGCCCCCCGCAGCCAUCUUCAUCGGCGUGCGAUGGCCGGGCACGGCAGCAGGCCAAGGGCCACACGAUCGGGACUCGUGGCAGUGGAGGCGGAUCGGGCUCAGGCGCAGACCGGAGUCUCACCCAAAGCACGGCGCUCGGAAGGGUCCUUCUUCCGGGCAACUUGUGAAACGGAGCUUGAAUGGAGGGAAAACCCUGGACCAGACGCUUUCCAGCUACUGUUGCGCCACCUGCCGGAGUAAUUUGACGUCGGAGACCGCCAAGAGUCAUUUUUGCGGCUGCAACAAUUUGGUGUAGCAGAUGGUACUCCUUCGCGGAUUAUCUUCGGGCUUUCCGCUUGCUAGUUUCGUCUGUGACUGGUUCUGAGCGUACUUUGGCCCCUAUUAUAGUGUAUCCAUGGUUCUCGAAAUAGUGCGAAACUCGGUCGACAUGCAAUUUCCGAGUCUGUCUCCGCUGUUUUACCCGGGUGCUUCGGCCACUGCGGUCACUCCCUUUGAGUCAAUUGCAGUUUUGUGGGAGGC